UCAAGAUGAGUUGGGGUUUACUCUUUCUUUCCUGAAAUGUCAUCUUGGUUCUCAAAGUAUGGAUUCAAAGACUAGGUCUGAAAUCAAGGAAUCAAUUCCAAAACAGGAUGAAAGAACAUCCCAGAGUAUGUUAAUGGAAAGACUCUCAAGCAGUGUUCCCCAGGACUCCGUGUUGGGAGAAGUCUGGAAAUUGAAGGCCCAAUUUGAGAGUCAGGUGGGAAACCAGGGGAAAUAUUUGCAGAAUAUUACAUUUUCCCACAUCAAAACAUCUACUGAGGGAAAAGGGUCAGAAUCCAAUCACAGUGGGAAAAACUUCAAUCUGAGGCCAAUCCUUGUUACACAACAGAAUGUUCCUUCAGAAGAGAGAUUAUAUAAAUGUGAUACACAUGAAAAGAGCUUCAAACAAAAUGCAUAUUUAACUAUUCAUCAGCAACUCUAUGAGGGGAAGAAAUCUUGUAAGUGUAAUGAAUGUGAAAAAACCUUUAGAGGUCACACAUCCCUUAUUCAGCAUCAAAGAAUUCAUAAUGGGGAGAAGCCCUAUGAAUGUAAUAAAUGUGGAAAAGCUUUUAGCCAAGGUGCAUACCUCACAAAUCAUCAGAAAACUCAUACAGGAGAGAAAUCUUUUAAAUGUAAUGAAUGUGAUAAAGCAUUCAGUUAUUGCUCAGCCCUUAUUCAACAUCAGAGAAUACAUAGUGGGGAGAAACCUUUUGAAUGUAGUGAAUGUGGGAAAACCUUUAGUCGGAGUACAUACCUUACUCAACACCACAGAAUUCAUACUGGAGAGAAACCCUAUAAGUGUGGUGAAUGUGGAAAAGCCUUUAGCCAGAGCACACAUCUUACUCUGCACCAGAGAAUUCACACUGGAGAGAAACCCUAUGAAUGUAAUGAAUGCGGGAAAACCUUCAGCCAGAGUGCACACCUUACUCAACAUCAGAGAAUUCAUACUGGAGAGAAACCCUAUGAAUGUAAUGAAUGUGGGAAAGCCUUCAGUGACCACUCAGCUCUCAUUCGACAUCAUAUAAUUCAUAGUGGAGAGAAACCCUAUGAAUGUAAUGAAUGUGGGAAAGCCUUUAGUUAUUGCUCAGACCUUAUCCAGCAUCAGAAGACUCACACUGGAGAGAAACCCUAUAAAUGUAAUGUUUGUGGCAAUGCUUUUAAUGACUGUUCAGCACUUAUUCAGCAUCAGAGAACUCACACUGGAGAGAAACCUUAUGAAUGUAACAGCUGUUGGAAAGCCUUUGGUAACUACUCAGCCCUUAUUCGACACCAUAUGGUUCAUACUGGAGAGAAACCCUAUGAAUGCGGUGAAUGUGGAAAAGCCUUUAGCCGGAGCACAUACCUUACUCAACAUCAACGAGUACAUACGGGGGAGAAGCCUUUUGAAUGUAGUGAAUGUGGAAAAGCUUUCAGUCAGAGUGCAUUCCUUACUCAACACCAAAGAAUUCACACCGGUGAGAAACCCUAUACGUGCAAUGAGUGUGGAAAAGCCUUCAGUGACCGCUCAGGCAGGAUUCAGCAUCAGAGAACUCACACUGGAGAGAAGCCCUACUCAUGUAAUGAAUGUGGGAAAGCCUUUAGUUAUUGUUCAGCUCUUAUUCAACAUAAGAGGAUUCACACUGGUGAAAAACCUUACGAAUGUAACAACUGUGGAAAAGCCUUCAGUGACCGCUCGGCGCUUAUUCAGCAUCAAAGAACUCAUACAGGAGAGAAGCCCUACAAAUGUAAUGUAUGUGGAAAGGCCUUCAGCCAAAGUACAAAUCUGACAAACCACCAGAAAACUCACACUGGAGAGAAACCCUAUAAAUGUGAUGAAUGUGGAAAAGCUUUUGGAUAUUGCUCAGGUCUUAUUCAACAUCAGAUAAUACAUACUGGAGAGAAACCCUAUGAAUGCAGUGAAUGUGGUAAAGCUUUCUGUCGAACCACAGACCUUACAAAGCAUCAGAAAAUCCAUACUGGAGAAAAACCUUAUAUAUGCAAUGAGUGUGGAAAGGCCUUCACGUUCCAGCUGAUAUCUGGGAUAAUUGCCCACAGGAAAAACCUUACGAAGGAGAGAGACUUUGAAUGUAAUACAUACUGGAAAAGUUUUAAUCAGAGGUCAGUUAUUGUUAAUCAAGAAAAAGUUUCUUCAGGAGAGAAAUUGGGUAACUGUGAAAGAAAGACCUUCAAACAGAACUCAAACCUAAUGAAAAACCAGAAAGUAUACAAGGAGAAAAAACCUUGUAAGUGUAAUGAAUGUGGAGAAUCCUUCAGUUACCAUUCAGUACUUAUUCGACAUCAAAGAAUUCAUACUGGAGAGAAACCAUAUACAUGCAAUAAUUGUGGGAAAGCUUUCAGCCACAAGGCUAACCUCAAAAAACAUUUGAAAACUCAUACUAGGGCAAGACUCUAUACAUGCAAUGCAUGUGGAAAAACCUUUACUGAGAGCUCAGCUUUUUCUGAACAUCAGAAAACACAUAUUGGAGAGAGACCUUACGAAUGUAAUGAAUGUGGGAAGGCCUUCAGUCGGACUUCACACCUUAUUCAGCAUAAGAUGAUUCAUACUGGAGAGAAGCCCUAUCAAUGUAAUGAAUGUGACAAAGCCUUCAUUCACUCUUCAGCUCUUAUUAAGCAUCAGAGAACUCAUACUGGAGAGAAACCAUAUACAUGUAAUGAAUGUGGGAAAGCAUUCAGUCACUGCUCAUCUCUCACUAAACAUCAGAGAGUUCAUACUGGGGAGAAACCCUAUGAAUGUAAUGAAUGUGGGAAAACCUUUAGUCAGAGUACACACCUUGUUCAACAUCAGAGAAUUCAUACUGGAGAGAAACCCUAUGAAUGCAAUGAGUGUGGGAAAACCUUCAGCAGAAGUUCAAACUUUGCUAAACAUCAGAGAAUACAUAGUGGAAAGAAACCCUAUGAAUGUAAUGAAUGUGGCAAAGCCUUUAUUCAUUCAUCAGCUCUUAUUCAGCAUCAGAAAACUCACACUGGAGAGAAACCAUAUAGAUGUAAUGAGUGCGUGAAAACCUUCAAGUGUAGUUCCUCUCUCCUUAGGCAUCAGAGACUCCAUACAGGGGAGUAGGCCCCAGAAAGUAAUAAAUAUAAGGAAACCUUAGAAUCCUCAGUAGAACAUAAUCUCCUUGGGAGCAGGGACUGUUUAGUUUUUGGUCUCUAUCCCUACCAUCUCACAGUACCUGGGACAUAGCUGGUGCUUAAUAAAUGCUUGUGGGGUUCAA